UUCUUUCAUAUCUGGACGGAACCGAAUAAGGAAUGUUCAUAUAUAUGUGUGUAUAGAAAUUCUAGUUCAACAUAGGAAAGAGGAGCCAAGCUCAACCAGACUUGAUCUGGACGCACAACAGAACGAGUUGGGAAAUUCCCAGCGUGAUAAAAUGAAUGGUACACUUCGGACAAGGAAGGGUUGUAUUUGAAUGCAGCAUCGAUUGUUUCCUGCAAUUAAAACAUUGUUAACUGAGGAAGAAGUGGAGAGAUCUAGAAGCUUUUUGAACAGAUGUUUUAGUUUUAUUUGCUUUUUUGUUUUAUUUGCAAGUUCGUAUGGGGAAGCAUUCAAAACCCAGACCCUUCAGUUGAUGCCUGAAGUGGUUCAACCCAGUGUUACGACGCUCUGACGCUCUUCCAGAUGCCGAGUCUAACGUUUUCUUUUUAGAGAUGACUGUGGUUUGAGUGUCUACCUGCGCAGGACCGGAAAACCUCACGGGGAUUAAAAGCAACCUUGCUGCCUACGGUUUGAAUUAUAGUAACAGUGAUAUGGCCUCUAUGCCUGGAGGUGCAAUUCCGUUCUCAUGGUUGAAAACUUUCUAGACGCCGUAUCUUUGAUGAAUAAACGUGAGAGAAUCGUGCCGCCCUCAAAAAAGGAUCAAGAAAUGACAAGAGCCCAAUAACUUGGCAACGUGAAAUAUACAGUCGUUUGCAAAAAAAGUUACGUGCUAGAGUGGAUAGAUUAGUCCAGAAAUAAUUUGAGAAUGGAAUACAAGAUCGAUUAUGUACCAUCAAGUCAUUGUCGACUCCUAGAGAACCACAUUACUUUAUAUUCUUGUGUAUUUAAAGGACUUUUUAUUUCAUUCCAAAGAUGAUGGUUUUUCUCACUGGGAAUUUAGCCUCCCCCUCCAAUUUGAAAGAAAAUUCUGUCCAUGUAAAUUACAUAUGUGCAGCAGUUUUUCUCUGAUACUAAUUUAUGAUCACGGAAGUUGCAACCGAAGAGAGAAGGGCUUAAGAGGCCAGAGAUGCAGAGCUCUGCUUGAAUCCUAAUUACUGAGGCUAUUUAACUGUAGGUGUGUCAGACACGAGGUGUUCAACAUUUGAUAUUGAAGUCUGGCAAAAAUAUUUAAAAAGACGCUGGUAGCGGAAGGGAGCGUCGAGUCGAAGGCUCUGCAGAGAGGGCGCGUGCGAAAGAUCAUGACAGAAGCAGCCAAAAAGCUGGCCGCCUGUGCUGCGGUAGACAAUCACGUGCAGACUAAUCAUGUCCUUGGAAUUGGAAGUGGAUCUACAAUUGUUCAUGCUGUACAUAAAUUGGCUGAGAGAGUGAAAAAAGAGAAUCUCAACAUAGUUUGCAUACCUACAUCUUUCCAGGCACGUCAGUUGAUUCUGCAGAAUGGGUUAACCUUAAGUGACUUAGACAGACAUCCUGAGUUGAAUGUUGCUAUUGAUGGGGCUGAUGAAGUUGACUCAGACCUUAGUCUUAUCAAAGGAGGAGGGGGUUGCUUGACACAGGAGAAGAUAGUGGCUGGUUGUGCAAAAAGCUUCAUAGUUAUUGCAGAUUACAGAAAAAAGUCUAAAAACCUUGGAGAACAAUGGAAGAAGGGGAUUCCUAUUGAAGUCAUCCCAAUGGCCUAUGUCCCAAUCACCAGGCUUCUGACCAACAGGUUUGGAGGUGUUACAGAGCUGAGGAUGGCUGUCAAUAAAGCUGGUCCUGUGGUGACAGACAAUGGGAAUUUUUUAUUGGACUGGAAAUUUGAUAAAGUCCAUAACUGGAAUGAAGUGAAUAUGGCAAUCAAGAUGAUACCAGGAGUGGUGGAAACAGGUCUCUUCAUCAAUAUGGCAGAGCGAGUUUACUUUGGCAUGGAAGAUGGCUCUGUCAGUGUGCAUGAGAAGCCAGUCCACUGAUUUCUCUCAGCUCCUCAGAUCCACUCUGCUGUCUUACAGUUCUGUCGAAUUAUCAUUCUGAUGCCAGCCUGGCAACUUGCCUUAAAGCAUUCAGUCUGGAUCUCAGUGAAUGGAAUAAACGGUCCAGGGAAUGUCAUCUUAAAAUCUAUUUUUUUUCAUGUAAUUUUUUUAAAGAGGUCAUAAUUUUGAAUGUUUCAAACUUUUUACUUUUUAUAUAAAUAAUUUACCAAAAAAGUUACUUUGUGCAGUACAAUAUUUGAAUACUUUGACUGCAGUGCAGUGUGAGGGGAAGAAAGUAAAUGACAUGUGCAAUGUGCUUAAAUCCAAAAAGCAAGAAGUAUUUAUGUAAAAGGGCUGUAUCCUGCUAGAAACCUUUUUUGUUCUAUAUUUUAUGCCUUUAAAAUGAUUUUUUUAAAUCACAACUUUUAAUUAGAGAAUGUCUUGUUAUAUUCUUUACAAUCCAACUAAUGUUUCAGCAAUUGACUUUUGUAACCUGAAUUGAAUGUUAAGUUCUGCUUAGAACUGAUUAAUCAUAUUUUGCAUCUCCUUAGUUAUUCACAUGUUGCCAUGAUAAUUAAUGUGUGAAAAACAGACUAUGUGCCUGGACUGGCAAAUUGUUUUAAGUCCUAGCCAGUGUCAUUGACACCAGUAAAUAGUGGCUUGAAUUUAUCUAUGAUAUCAACACUGUGUGGGUGAGCCACAUUUUUAAAUGUUUCUGGAAUAGCAUGGAAAAAGUCUUGCCACAAAGUUUGCCAGGCCAUGAAUAAUGUAUGGAUUAGUCAAAAUUUUGAUGUGUAAGUUCAGUACUCCGUUAUUUGUUCCUAGUAGCAAAAGAUUCUAGUCUAUUUUAACAGUCAUUUAUGGACAUAAUUUGGAGUUCAGUUCUUACUAAGAAUUGUUAAUCCUUGUAUGGUGAUAUUAAACAAGAUGCUGUAACUAAAUGCAGGCAAAAAAUGGAUCUUCUUGGAUGAACUAAAUGUAGCAAGAAUAAGGCACUUAAUUGUGUCAUAUUUCAUUUCUAAAUGCUUUGCAUGGUCAGAAAUAUGACUCUGUACUUCAUCUGUUGCAGCACUUAAAUAAAGUGCUGCAGUGCCAACCAUGUGUUUGUAUCUUUGAAUGCCUUCCUGGUUGAUUUUAUAAAAACUGCCUUGCAGGAU